AUGCCGGUUCCUUGGGAAGCCCUCAUCCCCUUCGCCCUCCUGACCACCAUGUUCGGUGCAGCGGGUACGCUCUUGAACACUUCCAAGCGGCUUCAGAACCAGGGCAAGCCUGUUCGCUACAACGUGGAUGCCUGGGACGGGAUGAUGAUGGACAGAGACGCCCGGUUGACUGGGCACAAACGAGGGCAAGCGACAGAGCCAUUCGCUCCCGAAGAGUUCGAGACAAACAGCGCCUGGUACACUGAGCGAGCCUCAUGA